CGCUCCGCGAUCCAACCCGCGCGCCCCCAACGGCCCCCCAACCGCCGCCCAGGCCCGAGGGCGCCAUGAGUAGCCCGCGCUGCGCCCCGCUGCUGCUCCUGCUGCUGCUGCCGCCGCUGCUGCUCAAGCCCCCCGCGGGGGACGCCGCCGUCAUCACCGGGGCCUGCGACAAGGACCCCCAGUGUGGUGGAGGCAUGUGCUGUGCUGUUAGUAUCUGGGUUAAGAGCAUACGGAUUUGCACACCGAUGGGCAAAGUGGGAGACAGCUGCCAUCCGCUGACUCGUAAAGUUCCAUUUUUUGGACGGAGAAUGCAUCACACGUGUCCAUGCCUGCCCGGCUUAGCCUGUUCACGGACUUCGUUUAACCGAUAUACUUGUUUAGCGCGAAAGUAACCACUUUAGAGGAGAAACUUUAAAUGUGAACAGCCACACGAUGUCCGUAAAGUCUGUUUACCUGUGAUUGUGCCAAACAAUUAAUAUGCCAGAAAGAAAUGCUAUUGCUUCCUCAGC